GCCCCCUCGACGAGUUCAAGGCGGUCUUCGACGAGGCGGUCGGCGCCAUGAAGGCUGCCAGGAAGAGGGCUAAGGAGGCCAAGGCGGCCGAGGAGGCCAAGCAGGCGGAGGACGUGCCGGCAGCGGCCACGCUUCCUCCCAAGAAGGGCAAGUAG